AUGAUCGCCAACAAGCUCACCAUCCUUACCGCUACCGCCGCUCUUCUUGAGCCGGCUCUCGCUCUCGGCCACCGCCACGCUCACCACCAGCACGCCCAGAAGCGUGGUGACUGGGUCGUUGCUACCAUUGACGGUCAGGUCGUCUCUUGGGAGAACAACUACUUCGGCCCCGGCGGUUCUGCCCCCGCUGCUACCCAGCCCGCUGCCGCUUCUCAACCCGAAGCAUAUUCUGCGCCCGCGCCCGCCCCCGCUGCCGCCCAGCCUACCACCAUUAUCAAGGUCGCCAAGCCCUCUCAAGCUGCCAAGUCUGCCUAUGAGCCCGCUUCCCAGCCCAAGAAGCAGGAGACCGCCGCUAAGGCUCCUCAGAAGGCUGCCAUCAAGGAGAAGACUCAGUCCAAGGCCAAGUCUAGCAGCACCCAGUCCAAGUCUAGCGGCUCCUCUUCUGGUGGCUCCGCUGGCUUCUCCCACAAGCGUGGUGUCUGCUACAACAACGUUGAACUUGCCAACACUUUCGCCGGCGACUGCAAGAACUGCGGCUGGGGUUACAACUGGGACUCCUCUUCCGACGGUCUUACCAAGGGUCUCAACUUCAUCCCUACCCUCUGGAAUGACCAGCCUCUCCACACCGACCGCUUUGCCGACAACUGUGCUCAGGCCCUAAGUGAUGGCGCCAAGGCUAUCUUCAGCUUCAACGAGCCCGACAACGCUGGCCAGGCUGACAUGACUCCUGCCUACGCUGCCACGGCCCAUGUCAAAUGGCUCAACCCAUAUGCUGGGAAGGCCCUCAUUGGUGCCCCUUCCAUCAGCAACAGUGGUCUUCCUGGCGAGGGUGUUGAGUGGCUCAAGAGCUGGGUCUCCGAGUGCGAGAAGCUCGACGAGCAGUGCCACUAUGACUUCUGCAACGUCCACUGGUACUCCGAGGUUGAGUACGGUAGCACUCUCUUCGACCACCUCAAGGCUUCCCACGAGGCUUGCGGCGGAAAGCCCAUCUGGCUUACUGAGUUCGCUCCUACUGGUUCCGAUGAGGCCAUUGCCUCCUGGCUCAAGGAUGCCAUCCCACAGCUUGAGGACCUUUCUUACCUUGAUGCUUACUCCUACUUCAAGGUCGAGACUGGCAUGCUUAUGACCAGCGAGACUGAGCUCAGCUCAUACGGCAGCGUUUAUGCCUCCGCUUAA